UUCCAGAUUAAUUAAUUGAUUAAAAAAGACUCCCGAACUGAAUACGGGAUGUGCUACGCUGCGCGCUGGUGUCGGUGUGAGCGCGAGAGCGCAGAGGAAGCAAAAGGAGAGGGAUGGACGUCGCGAUUUUAGACGGAUCGGCAGUGCGAUCCGUCGUCGGCGACGAGGUGGCCUUCAACCCGAGCAUCUACGAGCGGCUCGCGGUGCUCGAGCUCAACGGCGGCGGCGGCGUCGGCGUCCUCUCCGGCGCCCCUGAUUCCUUCCGCCUCCUCAAGCCUCACUUCGGCCUAGAUCGCCGCCUUCUACAACUCCAUCCUCGUCGACAUCGACCGCGACGAGCUUCGCUCCAGUAUUCGCAAACAUCCUUCUCGCCAUCGGCGACUCCCCGAUCCAGGUCAUCCUGGAGGAGCACGAACCUGGACCCAGGCCCCGGCAGCAGGCGGUCGGUCUCGAGGCCUCGCAGAUCGCCGCUGCUUCCCCUUUCUUGAUGGUGCUUUCUAACGUUCACCGGUUACCGCGGAGCAGCGGACCUCUCCUUCCCCCGAGCAGUGAACAUCUCUAGCAUCCGUUAGGGGACGAGCUUCGUGGGUGCCUAGUUGCGUGCCACGUUUCAGGCGUUUCGAAGGCGCUGAUGGAGAAGCAGAGUCAGUGAAACCGUUACCGUUCCCAGCAACGUGACCUCCUCCUCGGGAAUCCGCUGAUUGAUCCGCUGCUGCUGGUCCUCCUCCUCGUCUUGUCGUCAAUGGGAACGCUGUGAUACGCGAGUCCACGCUGGGCACCCCACCGGGAACCCCGCCCGGCCGCCGGAUUCCCCGCCAGGAGCUGCCGCCGAGGGUCUGGCCCGGCGCCGUCAGGCCGUCGUAGAAACCAGUGGCAGCAUGGAACGGUGCUGGCACGCUGACGUGGUGGUGGUGAUAGUUGAGGAGGCCGUAGAAGUGGUGGCGGUCGGCGGCGGCCCAAUCACCGUGGUGGGCCUGGAGGUGAGCCCGCUUCGCGUGCUGGCGCUCGCGCUUGUGGGCGUUCUGGUGCCCGCCUAGGGCUUGCGAGGUCGGGAAUUGGCGACAGCAGUAGUGGCACUCGAACUUACGCGCUCUCUCGCCGCCUCCGUUGGUGAUCGAUGAAUUGGUGAUGGUGGAGUGGUCUUUGGUGGUGUUGAUCUCUUCUUCUGUGCUGUGGCAACUGGGGACUUCGAUGCCGAAGAGGCGGAUGGUCGAGGCGUUGCCGCCAGUGGCGGGUUUCGGGGUGGUAGGUCUGGUGAAGGGAAGCUGGGCGAAUGAGUCUACGGCGCCCAUGAAAUCGUGCGCCAUAGGCUCGCUCAUCUUUUUAGAUGCUGCUUGCUAGCUGUAUGAUGAAUUGCCUCAGUCGAUUUUAGGCAGUACGUCUAGGUAUGGAGGACGAAAGGAGAGGUGAUGGUACAACAAAGGCUAUAUCUUUUGCCCCUUAUUCUGUUUGAUCCUAAUUCAUUUGACUGAUGAGGCUCACUAAGAUGAUGGUGCUUGGUAUCCCACUUUCACCUGCAGUAAGGAGGAGGAUGGCGCUGUGACGUGUUCUGUCUAUUAAGAACACUCAGAAUGAGGGAGGGAGCGUAAUAUCGACAAUGAAGCUGAUCACAUUUUUGAUAGCAGUACCGACUAGAGAUGUAGAGGCUGUUGCUUGUGGUUGAAUGAUUGAGUCGGUAUGGUGGAGCUGGCUUUUAGCUUGUCAAAAAACCACUAAAUACCACGAUAAAACUACAGAAUCACCUCUCCAUGGUCAAUCUGCUCCUCUUUUUAUUCUGUUCAAUUUUCUACUUCACAACUUUGGCUUUCAUGCAUGUGUAAGAGGCUAGCACAGACAGCAGCGGAGGAACAACUGUUGCCUAUUUAUAUCUGGUGGCUGGAUGCUGCAGAGCACGGCAAGUGGUCCUGGAGAAAGAAAGGGACGGGUUGGCGGAGGCGUUGGGGGCGAGUGAAUCGCCUUUUGCCACAAUGUUUUAAGGGGGACAGCAUGUAUCAUGACUUGGUCAAAAUUCUGCUUCAUUUGGCUCAGAAUUUAGCACGUAGACAUAUCAUCAAAGCCAUUAUGAAGGAAAAACGCUAUCAAAAGUAUUACAAAGAUGCCUGGUGUACCUGUCCACGCACUUCACUUCUUGCAUUGGUAUGGGCCAUAAAAGACAAAUUUCAUGCAUAUAACAAGGGGAUGACAGUUCAUGAAGAUUUCAUGGAGAUGGCACAUUUGAUGAUCAAGUCGAUCUGGAUCAUUUAUGUCGUCAACAAGGCCCCAAUUUGGCAGCAUGAGGACACGGCACGAAGAUACUUAGAUAUCCACAUUUCUUUCUAUUCAUGUUUGCUUUGUUAACUAACACCUUGGAUUAGUUUAUUUUUUUACAAUGACUUCUAAACAAGAAGGAAACUUUAGUCUUAA